GACAGAGGAGGUCAGUCCUUUCCAACGCAAAACUCAAUCAUGUCCGACAUUGUCGUCUACUACUCUGAAGUCUCUGGCAACCAGCAGGUCAAGAAGAACACCCAGUCGCUCUUCUUCAUGUUCGACGGCAAGAAGAUUGCCUACAAGAAGGUCGACGUCUCGAUCGACGACGCUGGCAAGAACUACAUGCAGUCCAAGAGCCACAAGCGCGACCUUCCCCAGGUCUUUGUCAACGGCGAGUUCAAGGGCGUUUACGACGACGUCGUCGAGGCUAACGAGUCUGGCGAGCUUGAGAAGUUCCUGUCGUAAAGCACCUUCCCUUCUGUUUCUUUUUCUUUUUUUUUUUGCGAUUGUGCUGUUCGAUUGUAAAUCCUUGCCGCUUGAAUUUAUGAUCAAUGAAGGAAGCAAUUUCGCAAUCAACAACGAAC